AGAGGCGGUGCCUGAGCCGGCCCAUUAGAGUUGUCGCACAGGUUUGACUAGUGGUGCUUUCAAAUGUUUGGUCCCUUGUUUAAUUUUUCCGAAAUAGCUCGUACGACGACAGCACGAGCGGGAGCGAAGACCAACAACGUUCAACUUUCUUUAGUCCAGCUCCCGCAGAGGAUCUGGCAUGGUAACAAUGUGCAGAAUAUGAGUGGCAAGGAGCAGAUUAGUUUAUUUUUUGAAUGCCCACCGAGCAUUUGAAGAAGCGGGGAGGAAGCACCUUUGCUGUCUUCAUUCACCUGGUCACCCGGAGAAGCUUCAGGUGUGCACGGUGUUUUUGCCCCUCCAGGUCACCAACAGAGCGGUUCUGACAAUGAACCAGCCCAACAAAAAGAGGAAAACCCAAUUUGUCCUCUAAAACCAGUUCCGACUGUAAUCUGGAAGCAAAGAAAAUGCCAGUGGAGGCCAUCAAACAAUCGGCGAGGCCCAGCACAUCUGCAACAUUUCCUCGCCUGCGGCCCAAGCGCCCAGUGGGUCCCGAAUUCUACCGGCAAAGUCCGCCCUCGGCCGCCCGACCCAAGCAGAGUGCUGUCGAGAGGCUGGAAGCGGACAAAGCCAAGUACGUCAAAAGCCAAGUGGCACUGUCCAAGCAACAGCCCGUCAGGUCUCCUGACGUGCGCAAGCCUCUGCUCAGCCCCGUCGCCACCACUCUCCGGCCCGCGAAGAAGACUCCCGGCCAGCCAAAAAGCAAGCCAGAGGCCGUCCAGCUGGACCUGGAACAUCUGAGCAGCCUCAUAAGUGAUGUGAGUGACGGGCCCACUCCGAUUGCUAGCUCAAACUCUGUUGACUCCUCCCCACUGCUGAAAAAAACCACGCCAGGGCUGCCGUCUCAGCCUCACGACUCCAGUCCUGCCAAGGUGAGACUGAAGGCGGCAGGCUGGGUGGAAAGUCCGGGAUCUCCUACUGCGGGGACGGUGCGCCGAGUGGACGUCAUACCUCAAGCCAGCCCUUCGAGGACACCUCGCAGGCCGCCGCUGUUCCUCCGCCAGCCGCUUCAGCCACUCCUGCUACACCCCCAGUUUCCCCUCCGCCCGACUAUUUCGCGCCUCCUCCUUCGCGCAAAGGCCACUCCGUCUCCUCUGAAACCUGUCGUCGCCACGCCUAGGCAGGAUAACCCUGCUAGCUCUCCGCUUCCCGUCUUCCUGGGUUUGCCCCCUCCGUCUCCAGCCGUCACCCCUCUAUCCGGCUCCCCCCGCAGCAGGAAACGUCCGUCUCUGACCCGCUCCAAAUCGGACAUGAGCGAGCAAUUUUCCCGAGCCGGGACGGAGCUAGAACGCUUCUUCAACCUGUGUGGUUUGGACCCCGCGGAGCUACAAGACUUUUCCGGAGCCGCUUCUGACAUGGUGUCUCUGGCCCGCUUUCGGAGCGUCAGCGCUCCGGGGUCGGAGUGCGCCGGUUCUGGCGGGCCCGAUGAAGACGGCGAUGACGAGGAGGCUGACGACCGCGUUCCCUACGGCGUGUCGGUCAUUGAGAGGAACGCCAGGGUGAUCAAAUGGCUUUAUGGGCUGCGACAGGCAAAGUGAGUGCAUCCCUGUCCCACUGGGGUUGCAAACGGGUGGAAUAUUUCUGGCAAAUUUCCACAAGGAAUGUCAGAAAGGUUUCUGUGGCAAAUGAUGGCAAUGAACUAGAAAUGGAGACAUUUUUUGGGGGUGAAAAGCUACUAUGUUCAGGCAGCACAGUUGACCUGAGGUUAGUCAGCAUCCACCCAAUAGUUCUGAGGUCGGCGCUUUGAAUCCGAGGGUCCUGUUUGCAUGUCAGACGGAAUACCAAUGCAUGGCAUUACUCCGGGUACUCCAGCUUCACCCCAUAUUCUGAAAUCGUCCAUCUCGGGUUAUUUGAAGACUCUAAAUUAUUGGUGUCCAAAGUGAGUAGAAAUGAACCAUUGAGAAAGGGUAUUUAAGUUCUUUUAAUUCUUGCUUUAUUUCCAUUAAUUCACAUUAUUUUCCACAGAAAAAGACCAACUUUGCAAAUUUC